AUUUUGGAACACUCGAGUCUUAAGCUUUCCAAAGGCUGCAGCAGCUUGCCUGAUUCUGUGAUUGACUUCUGCAUCAAUGUUAGUAUUUGAAGACAUUAUACUACCAAGAUGAAAGACACAUGUACAGUAGACCACAUGGACUUGGACAUAAACAGCAUAACACCUGAUGUCACUGGAACAGAGGAAUACUGCUCAAGUCAGGAAACAAUUGACAACGUAGUUGUUUGUGCUCCCAUUAAAAAACUCGGAAAAAGAGUUUACAAAAAAAGACAUUAUUGCUUGUAUUGCAGUAAGCCUUAUGCCAAGCUGGCACAACGUCUAGAAAGUUCACACAAAAACAGAUUGGAAGUAGCCACACCUCUUAGCUUUCCAACGAGUUCCAUGGAGAGAAGGACACAGCUAAAGAAUAUUCGUAAUAAAGGGAACUACACUCACAAUGCUGCUAUUAUGGAGUCAGGUAAGGGUGAACUAGUGCCAUUCAAACGACCACCUGAAAAAGCUAAAUGAAAUGAUUUUAUGCACUGUGCACAUUGCCAAUGACUGUGUAUCAGAAAGGUACUGUGGAGACACAUGCGAAGUUGUCGCCUCAACCCUUCAUCAGUCACCCGAAAACCAGGAAUGAACCGUGUCCAGUCCAUGUGCACAUGUACUGGGCCUGUGCCUUCAAGUGUAUCCAAACAACUUUGGGGAGUAAUAAGUGUCAUGAUUCCUGAUCCAAUCACAGAAAUAAUAAAAGAUGAGCAGCACCUGUUGAACAAAAGUGGUAUGUCAGCAAAAAAUCAACAAUGUGUCAGAGAGAAAAUGCGGGAAUUAGGAAGACUGAUUCAUAAUGCCAGGAGAGUAACUACCUUGAAGAAAAUGGAGGAUUUUGUGGAUCCUAAGAACUACUUGGAGAUGGUCAAAGCUGUCAAAUGUACUUGUGGCUAUGAUAGUGACACUAACAAAUUCUGCAUUCCAUCACUGGCAACUAAACUUGGGAAUUCCCUGGUUAAAGUCAGCAAACUCUUGAAAGCACAAGGUUUGAUAAACAACAAUAAAGAUUUGGUAAGGAAUGCCCUCAGUUCCAAGAUGUCCAUCGUGAGAAGUGGAACGAGUUGAUCUCUGCAACAGCCCUGAGGAAUAUAACCAAAGAAAAGUGGAAUGUACCACAACUUAUGCCCUUCACUGAGGAUGUUCAAAAAAUGCAUCAGUUUCUCAGUCAAAUGCAUGAUGAGUGCAGCUGUGCGCUAUCUGAAAAUUAUUCCACGAAGGCCUGGUCAGACCUGACAAAAGUAUGUUUGACACAGAUCAUCCUUUUUAACAGACGAAGAGAAGGAGAGGUAGCAGCCAUGCCCCUGUCGGCAUUUUUGUCAAGAGACACAACUGAUCCUCCUGAAGAUGUUGAUUGGGCUCUCUCUGAAGUGGAAAAAAAACUCUGCAGACAUGUUUCAAGGAUUGUCAUCAGGGGAAAACGAGGCAGACCUGUUCCUAUUCUCUUGACUCCAAAAAUGGUGUAUGCAUUAGAACUUCUCGUUAAGUACAGGGAAACUUGUUGGGUUCUCAAAGACAACACUUACCUGUUUGCAAGACCCACAGCGAUGACACAUUUCCGUGGUUCUGACUGCAUACGAGACUAUGCAAAAGCAUGUCAUGCAAAGUGUCCUGUGUCCCUUACAUCAACGAAACUACGAAAACAUGCUGCCACCCUUUCAACUGUGCUAAACAUGACAGACACAGAGAUGGACCAGCUGGCCAACGUUCUUGGCCAUGAUAUUAGAAUCCAUCGUGAGUUCUUUAGACUUCCUGAAAAAACACUGCAGCUGGCAAAAAUCAGCAAAGUUUUGAUGGCACUCGAGCAAGGUGGAUUAUCUGAGUUCCAUGGAAAGAACCUGGAUGAAAUCACAAUUGGUCCAAAUGAAUGUGUUUUGGAAACUGAAGAGGAAUAUCUCACCAGAGAGGAAGAACACUAUUCAUGUCUUGACAAUGAGGGGGCCUUUCCAACCCCUGAUGAUGAACACAUCCCGCCCCCCAAGAGACUGACACAACUUUCAGAAGACAUGGAUGCAUCAUCACGACAUCGUGCAGUGAGACAUACUUCCAAUGGUAAAGCUGCCCAGAAAAGGCGACCUUGGACGCAGAAAGAGGUGAAGGCUGUCGAGAAGCACAUGAAGCGAUUCAUCCCUUCUGGUAUUUGAAGCAUUUAAAACCCAUCUUAAAACGCAUUUGUAUACUCUAGCCUUUAAAUAGACCCCCUUUUUAGACCAGUUGAUCUGCCGUUUCUUUUCUUUUCUCCUCUGCCCCCCUCUCCCUUGUGGAGGGGGGGGGGGGACACAGGUCCGGUGGCCAUGGAUGAAGUGCUGGCUGUCCAGAGUCGCCUGUGCAUCGGUUGGGGACAUCUCUGCGCUGCUGACCCGUCUCCGCUCGGGAUGGUCUACUGCUGGCCCCACUAUGAACUGGCCUCUCACUAUUAUGUUAGAUCCACUAUGGACUGGACUUUCACAAUAUUAUGUCAGACCCACUCAACGUCUAUUGCAUCCGGUCUCCCCUAGAGAGAGAGAGAGAGGGGGGGGUGUUCACCCACAUAUGCGGUCCUCUCCAAGGUUUCUCAUAGUCAUUCACAUCGACGUCCUACUGGGUUGUGAGUUUUUCCUUGCCCUUAUGUGGGCUCUGUACCGCGGAUAUCGUUGUGGCUUGUGCAGCCCUUUGAGACACUUGUGAUUUAGGGCUGUAUAAAUAAACAUUGAUUGAUUGAUUGAUUGAUGGUAUUGUACCAGGAAAGAGUGACUGUUUAAAAUGUUUGAGGGCCGAACCAAAAGCUCUCCAAAACCGGUAGUGGCAAGCAUUGAAGUUCUAUGUGUACAACCGCAUUACGGCCUACAAAAGGAGAUUGCAGCUAAAAUAGUAGAUUAACAGAUAAUCAGCAAGACUGGUUAAGUGUAAGAUUUUUUUUAAUGUUAUUUAUGUUCAAUGUUGUUCGAAAUAAAAGGUAAAAAUGAAAGUUUAAAUUAGUUAUUUUGAAAAGUGAAACAUGUGUUAUCCUGGCAUUAAUAGUAGGGUACUAAAAUUCUGUAUGGUAUCCAUCAUUAGUUAAAACUAAUAUAUUUUUUCCCUCCACAAGUGAUGAUCAAAAACUUGGUCCCCAUUCCAAAUGGUAACCAGUAUGUGUGUGUGUGUGUGUGUGUGUGUGUGUGUGUGUGUGUGUGUGUGUGUGUUCUCUUCUUCUGUUUCUUUUUUUUUUUUUUUUUUUUACAGCACUUUGUGUUUGC